CAUCUUGCAGCUACUAUAUAUAUCUCGCGGCUUCUCACAGCAAGAUCGAUCAACGUCGUGCAGAGCCGGCCGCCGAGAUCGAGGGGAAGAGAUGGGGAAGCACUGCCCGCGGUGGACCUCCGGCGCUCGUCGCCCGCUCCUCUCCUGGGCUCUCAUUGCUCUCCUCAGUUUCGUAGCUGCAGGGCCGGUCGUGCUCGCCGAGGCCAUCGUCUUCCACGUGGCGAACCGGUGCCCGUUCCCGGUGUGGCCGGCGUCGGCGCCCAACACGGGCCACCCGGUGCUCGCCGGCGGCGGCUUCCUCGUCCCGCCGGGCAAGUCGAGGCGCGUCGUCGCGCCGGCCACGUGGAACGGCCGCUUCUGGGCCCGCACCGGCUGCAACUUCACCGCGAACGGCGGCACGGGCGCCGCCGCCUGCCUCACCGGCGACUGCGAGGGCCGGCUGGCCUGCAACGGGUCCGUUGGCACCCCACCGGCCACGCUCGUGGAGGUGAGCCUGCACGCGGACCCCAGCAAGGGGAGCUCCUACGACGUGAGCCUGGUGGACGGGUACAACCUCCCCGUGGCCGUGUCCGCCAAGCCCGCCACGGGCAACAAGUGCGCCAUCGCCGGUUGCGCCAAGGACGUGAACGCGGUGUGCCCGCCGGAGCUGCAGGUGACCGCUGCCACCGGCGGUGGAGCGAAGGCGGCGACGGUGGUGGCGUGCAAGAGCGCGUGCCUGGCGUUCGGGCUGGACGCCUUCUGCUGCCGCGGCGCGUACGCGACGCCCGCGGCGUGCCGCGGCAGCGUCUACUCGCGGCUGUUCAAGGACGCGUGCCCGGCCUACUACAGCUACGCCUACGACACCACCGCCGCGACGGCGACCGGGUGCUAGGCGCAGGAGUACGUCAUCACCUUCUGCCCCUCCAGGUGGGGCGACGAGGAGCCCGACGGCGGCCGUGCCGGCGCCGCCCUGAUGUGAUGCCAGUCAGGAACUCAGCAUAGAUGCAUGUGUCGAGCAUUUCUGUUGUCGCCGACCUUCAUGUACAUGCACGUUGUAUUUCUCACAUAUACCAGUAUUAUAUACAUACACAGUAAUAAAUAAAAAUGAAAAAUAACAAAAAUCGGACUAGGCCCAAGAUUUGGAAAGGAA